AUGGGUUGUGUUGCUACAAAGUUAGAAGAAGAAGAGGAGGUGGUGACUAUUUGCAGAGAGAGGAAGCAUUUCUUGAAGUUAGCUGUAGACAGAAGGCCAGAGGUUAUGAGUGGGUACAAUCGUAAUUCUGAUGAUGAUUUGAGAGUAGUUAGGGAAGAAGAAGGAAUACCAGAGUUAGAAGAAGAAGUGGAGAGAGUGGAAGAAGUGAAAACCAAGGUGGUGAGAAGUGAAGAGAAGGAGUGUGGCAAGCAAGAGGAAGGUUGUGGGGUUGAAGUGGGUUGUGCUAAUGUGAGCCAGGGUGAACCACAAAAGGGUUUAACUGUCAUUGAUACACCUGAAAGAGGGAGAGAGUUGUUGGAAGUAUUGAAAGACAUUGAAGACUAUUUUAUCAGGAUUUGUGAUUCUGGGAAAGGCGUAUCCAAGAUGUUGGAAUCUAACAGGAUCCAGUUACAAUCUGGUUUGGAGGAAAUAAAAGAAAACUCAACUAAACUCAUUCAAGCAAUCUCGCUAAGGUCAACAUCUUAUCGAUCAACUACAUCUAAGAGUCUUGUAGCAUCGAACUCUAAAACAGCUUCCACGUGGACGGAGUUUAAUAAUGAUCUGUUUGAUGACGGAGGAGGGAUGAAUUCAGGAAGCCAUUCCUUAACAUUAGGAAGACUCUAUGCUUGGGAAAAGAAGCUAUAUGAAGAAGUUAAGGCUGGAGAUAAUACUCGGAAACUGUACGAAAGAAAAUGCAGCCAAUUGAGGAAUCAAGAUGUGAAGGGAGACGAUGGAGUCACGAUCGACAAAACAAGGGCUGCAGUUAAGGACUUGUACAGCCGGAUCUUGGUUGCGAUUCGUAGUGCCGAAUCAAUCUCGGAAAGGAUCGAUAAACUCAGAGAUGAAGAACUGCAGCCUCAAAUCAUUGAACUUUUACAUGGUAUGAUGACCAUGUGGCAGGUUAUGUUGGAAUCACAUGAAAUUCAAAACAAGAUCAUGUUUGAGGUCAAACUGUUUACCUGUCCAACAUAUGGGAAAUUCUCAAACAACACUCAUCGUCUCGCUACACUGCAGCUCCAGACUGAGCUUCAGAACUGGCGGACAUGUUUUCGAGAGUAUCUCACAGCACAAAAACAAUACGUCGGAGCUCUUUACAGUUGGUUAUCAAAGUUCAUAGUCCCUGAAGUUGAAUUAUAUUCAAAAAGUAGGAAUACUUCUCAACCUUUUCAGACAAUGAACGGUCCCCCAUUGCUCAUGAUUUGCCAAGAUUGGUUUAAUUUUAUGGAUAAGUUGCCAGACAAAUCGGUUUAUUUUGCCAUGAAAAGCUUCUCAAAAGAUUUACACUCUCUGUGGACUCAACAAGGAAAGGAACAAGAGCAAAAGAGAAAAGUUGACAGCUUGUCCAAAGAACUCGAUCGCAAGAUUCUUGCUUUCCAGAAGACAGAAAACCGAGUUUUCGAAACAAAGAUCCCAAACCUUGAGCUCUGUGAACUGGAAGUCGACCACCGAGCAGAUUAUUUGAAAGAAAGGAAAGAUUAUUUAGAUGAGUUGAGAGCGAAGGUGGAACAAGAGAGAGGAAAACAUCAAAGCUGUAUGCAAGAAACACAGAGGAUCACAUUAAAUGGAUUCCAAACAGGGUUUUGUCGGGUUUUUGAGGCUUCAAUAGAAUUCGCAAAAGCUUCAUUAAAGAUGUAUCGAGAUCUUGUUAGCAACCAUGAGGGUUCCCAGCAAGAAGGUGGCAGCAGAUGA